CUCGCGACCAGGUUCCGCCGUUGCACGCAGCCUCCAAUGUCGCUGCAGGGCCUCGACACCGAGAGAUCGUCGCUGAUUCCAGGCGCCGACAAGUCUUUCGUGGCGCCGACUGCUUCGUCGCGGAACCCCAGACGAAAGCUCCCCCGUGCUUCACUGGUUGCGUUGCUCUCGUCCUUCGCCAUCGCGGGGCUCCUGCUGCUGCUGCACCGUACUUCAGACACCGGUAACGGUAUCACCCCCACCGGUUUCAGCUCGUACUCGCCGGCUCCUCGAUUCCGCGUGAGCUUUCCGGCGUCGCUGCAUGAUGCUCCGAUCACCGGCCGGUUGAUGGUCUGCAUCGCCAAGAAGCACGCGGUCAAGGACCCGCAGGGGGAGGACCAACCAAGGUUCUUGGUGGACGACUCGGCUUCUACCCAGCAGAUUUUUGCCGUUGAUGUGUGGGACUUCAUGCCCGGUGACGUUGGGAAGGAGAACCGUGAGGUGAAUGCGACCCACGCGGUGGGCUAUCCGAUGCUGUUCCUGGACGAAGUGCCCGCGGGUGAGUACUGGGUGCAGGCGGUGCUGCACCCGUACGUGGAGUACAACCGCUCGGACGGCCAGAACUUGCAGCUGCCUCGGUUCACCACGUUCGAGAGCGAGGGUGGUGUGCUCACUAGUCCGGGCACGCUUUACAGCGCUGCGAAGCUUGCGCUCUACGACCCCGAAACGUUCUCUGUGGAUCUCGUGCUAACCAACGUUGAGCCGGAGCUGCCGGCACUGGAGGAGCCGCACGAGCUGCUGAAGCACGUGACGUUCCGCAGUCCGUCACUGUCGGAGUUCUGGGGAACGGACGUGUACCUGAAGGCCUGGGUGCUGCUGCCGCACCGCUUCUUUGACGAAGAGAUGAAGGACGUGCACUACCCGCUGUUCAUCUACCACACGCACUACAACCGCUACUUCGAGCACAGCUUCUUCCCCGCUCCGCCUGAGAACGCCACGACUGCGUCGCUAGGUGAGCAGUAUGGCUACUUCUUCUACUCCAACUGGACGUCCGACAAGCCCGGUGAUCCGUUUACUAACAAGCGCGGCAUUGUGGUGCAGCUGCAGCACGCCAACCCGUACUACGACGACUCGUACGCGGUCAACAGCGCCAAUAUUGGGCCGUAUGGCGACGCUAUCACUUACGAGUUCCUGCCGUACAUCGACAAGAAAUUCCGUGGCAUUGGCGAAGGCUGGGCCCGCACCAUGUACGGCGGCUCGACUGGCGGCUGGGAAUCCUUCGCGGUGCAGGUCUACUACCCUGAAGAGUACAACGGCUGCUGGUCAUUCUGCCCGGACGCCUUUGACUUCCACCGCUUCCAGCAGGUCGACUUGUUCGCCAACAAGAACGCCUACUACGCUCGUGGCGACUGGACCCAGAAGGACCGAGGUGCCAAACGCGAUUACCUUGGUGAUAUUCGCGAAACUAUGGCUGAAGAGAACCACCACGAGCUUGCAAUGGGAUCACGGGGACGCUCUGGUGGUCAAUGGGACGCCUGGCAAGCCGUGUUUUCUCCUGUGAACAACACGGACGGAUACCCUGCUGCCAUUUGGGACAAGCUCACUGGUGAAGUUCACCCGGAAGUUGUGCAGUACUGGGAGGCGCACUACGACGUUCGUGCCAAGUUGCAGCGCGAAUGGAACGCUCGCGGACUUGGCGCCAAGCUCGUCAACAAACUCCACGUCUACGUGGGCGUCACCGACAGCUACUACCUGAACGACGCCGUGUUCCUGCUUGAAGACUAUCUGAAGACCACAAAGGAGCCAUACUACAACGGAUCCAUCGUCUACGGCGUCACGGAUGGCCGCGGCUACGAGCACUGCUGGACGGGCAGCUUCGACCAGUCCAUCUCGCUCGGAUGGCACACCGUCAACCAGCGCAUGCUCCCUCAGAUGGUGGAUCACAUCGUUCAGUCGGCCCCCAAGGGCGCGGACCUGAGCUUUACUAGGUAUUGA